UUUCAAAAUGAGGAAAUAUAGGUGAAUGGGUCUUAAAGGGGAACCCACACCUUUUCCUCUACCCUAUCUCUAAAUGCCGAAAUUUACAACUACAGAAGGUAGAGGCUGCCUAAGCUGUGUAUCGCAAUUGAAACCCUCUCACAAGUUAUUGAUGAAGAUCACUAACUUUUUGGAAAGGGAUUCUGCUAUACGUGUGUCUCAGUGUGGCAUAAUGAAUAAAAAUUCCCCUGCUGCACUCAGAACAAGUUACAGACCUUUCGCCCAAAAGGAUCGGUUGUGGCAUUUAGCUGUAAGAAAACAACGGAAACGGCGUGUAGCUCUAAGAAAAGAAUGGAGACAGUUCUCCAAAAAGGAUCUAUUGCAGCGUUUAUCUGUUAUAAAAGAACAGAAACCAAAAGAUAGCUGUGUAGCUGCAAGAAAAGAAUGGAAACAGAAAUAUAUUUUGGCAACAACCAAGGAAGAUCGGUUUGCAAAUCUACCAGAAGAAAUCACGAAAGAGAUCUUGGGAAGACUCCCGAUUCUAAGUGUUAUGACGUGCAAGUGUGUUCUUAAAUCAUGGCGCCAUCUUAUUGAGGGGGAUGAGUUUGGGAUGACGUAUACUCCGAAACCAGGCCUAGCUUUCGUUUAUCGAGACAUGGAAAUGCGGUACAAUGUCUGCAAUGAGGCCUUAAAGCCACUCUUCCGAUUCGAUUCACCUUCUCACGUUCAAUUUUCAGCUAUGAACCGUCGUGUUAUAGUUGCUUCAGAUAAUGGUUUGCUUUCAGCGUGGGAUCGAUGGGCUAAAGUUCUAUUUAUAUGCAAUCCAAUGACUCGUGAGUAUGCCGAACUUCCUCCUAUAUCUACUAGUAUAUAUACUUCCUUUUUUGGCUUUGGAACGAGCAAAAUAAGUGGACAAUAUAAGAUUUUAUAUGGUAAUGAGUAUAGUUGCCAUGUAUACACUAUAGGUAGAGGGGCAGAGUUGUGGAGAAGCGUCGCAGCAGCACAACCAGGUAUCAAUAGCAUGAAUCGCGGUUGUGCUGCAUUUUUGAAUGGAAAUCUUCACUGGUUGGCAUAUGAUUCGGAUGAUAAUUUCUUCGUUUGUUGCUUUGAUAUUGAAACUGAGCUCUUUACUAGUUUUUCAAUUCCUUGUGAUUACAAUGGCGAAAGCCAUGGCAACAAUCAGCUAUAUAUUUUGGAGGGUCGGCUAUAUUUAUGCAAUAUUUUAGAUCGGCAGCGUGUUGUUAUUUGGAAAAUGAACAACUACGGGGAUGAGAAUUCAUGGAUAAAGGAAUAUGACUUCAACUUGCCCAAAAAAUUUACGCAUAUGUAUGUGCUCGAAAUUUUGGCGAAUGGUAACUUGUUUGCAGAUACAAGUGCUUGUUCUUUGUCCUCAUGGGAUCAACUAUUUAUCUAUUCCAAAAACACCGGUCUUGGGAGAUAUGUGACAAGUUAUAGUUCUAAACACACUUCUUCUAAACUUGCUGUUUUCACCCCAAGCUUGAUUUCGCUCACAGCCAUGGGGUUUCAUAAUGUUCAGUCACUAAGCUUUAAUUAGUCAAACAUAAGAAUUGAUUGUUAUGUAUUUUGUUUAUUUAUAUGAUUCUUAUUUACUGAAUCAUAAACUUCUCGGUUAUCUAUCAAAUUGUCAUCA